UUUGAUAGCCAGUACAGCGAUAGGAAUAUAUUUCGGUUUCAUCUCCAAGAAGAAAAACUCCAAUGAUUAUCUUCUUGGAGGAAAGCAAAUGCAUCCCUUACCAAUCGCUCUUUCCUUAAUCUCGUGCAAUGUUUCUGGUAUUUCUAUUAUGGCAGUUCCAGCAGAGGUGUACAGAUUUGGAGCUCAAUACUGGUUGAACGGAUUCGCCAUGCAACUGUCCAUAGUCGUAGCCUACUACAUUACGUUACCUGUCUUUUACAACUUGGGAAUAUCUUCGAUUUACGAAUACUUAAAUAUGAGAUUCGGAAGUCGCUUGAGGAUUCUGGCUUCCGCUUUGUUUGCUAUGCAGAUCAUACUGUAUUUGCCCAUAGUAAUCUAUGUUCCAGCUUUAGCUCUAUCUCAAGUGACUGGUUUUAAUAUAGAAAUAAUAACUCUUCUGUUGUGCGGAGUUUGCAUAUUUUACACCACAAUUGGCGGAUUGAAAGCUGUAGUUUGGACAGAUGCUUUACAAGUUAUACUCAUGAUGGUAUCGAUCAUAGCUAUAGUUAUAAUCGGUACGAAUUCAAUUGGAGGCAUCAGCAAAGUAUUUGAAGUUACCUCAAAAGAAGGUUUAUUAUUAUUAAAUUUUGAUACAGAUCCCACAGUUCGUGAUACAGUAUGGACAAUACUUCUGGGCUCUAUUUUCUACUGGGGAAACAUAAUUUCCGUGGGACAAAGCAGCAUACAAAAGUGUUUAGCUUUGCCAAGUUUCAAAGAAGUUAGAACGGCUUUGAUAAUAUUUGCCAUUGGGAUUGGCCUCAUGAUUUAUGGAAGCAUUUACAUAGGUCUUUUGGUUUACACAGAGUAUCACGAGUGCGAUCCACUAAAAACCAAAACUAUCAGAGUUCCGGAUCAACUCUUACCUUAUUACGUUUUGAAUGUUGUUGGUAAAGUGACUGGAUUACCUGGCUUGUUCAUAGCUGGUGUCUUCAGUGGAGGACUCAGCACAUUAUCGGCAACAAUGAACGCUGUUUCUUGCACAAUCUACAAGGAUUUUAUUGCUUCGCGCUUACCGGAAGGAUAUCCGGAAGAAAAAGUAAAUGUAAUCUUGAAAUGGAUAGUCGUUGUAAUCGGUAUUAUCUGCACGGCAAUGGUUUUUGUGGUGGAGCAACUUGGUACUAUUCUACCAUUAGUUGUUGCUAUAACUAGUAUAACUGCAGGACCUAUAGUUGGAGUUUUCCUCUUGGGUCUGUUAGUACCUAGGGCUAACAGUAAAGGCGCUUUCGUCGGUUGUCUAUCAUCCAUUAUAACAUCUUCAUUCACAAUAAUUGGUUCGUAUUACUACAAGAUCAAAUACCCAAUAAAAUUGCACGUGAAACCAACGUCAAUUGAUGAAUGUUCGAUUAACCAAAACGCUACAAUAAUCAAUGAAUUUCUGCAAGAAUCAAACCCAGAACCUUUUUAUUUAUUUAAAAUUUCGUUCUACUAUUACACUUUAAUCGGAGUUUUGGUGGUUUUCCUUGUCGCAAUUCCUGUCAGUUGGAUUACGAAGAAUUCAGAACCGAAAGUAACGAAAGCUUUGAUCAGUCCUAUUAUGCAUUGGGCGAUUCAUGAAGACGUCCAAAUGAAUCAACAACCACCAACAUAUGUCUCUGCAACCAACGAUGUUGAACUGAAAGAAAUCGAUUCAUUACUUGAAUAA